GGAGGGGCUGCCUAGUCCUCGCGAGGCUUCGUUCUCACGGAGGCGGCGGCGGGCGGCCGGUGGGGAUGCGCUCGGAAGAGGGGCCCGGAGGCCUGGGCGCAGCCCUUUCUAUGCGGGGCCCGAGCUGGAGGGAGAAGCUGUCGGGCCCUGAGGUCCAGUUCCGCCGCGAGUCGCCGCGGAGGGAGCCCACGGGGCCGCCGGCCUCGCCUUUUGCCGAGAGCGGGGCCGGCAAGCCUCGCGAGGAGAAGAGGACGGCCCUGAGCAAGGUGGUCCUCCGGCGGCUGCCCCCCGGCCUCACCAAAGAGCAGCUGGAAGAGCAACUGCGCCCCCUGCCCGCGCACGAUUACUUCGAGGUGGUAGCUGCGGACCUCAGCCUCUAUCCUCACCUCUACUCAAGAGCAUACAUUAACUUUAGAAACCCCGAUGACAUCCUUCUGUUCAGAGACCGUUUUGAUGGAUAUAUCUUCAUUGGCAAUAAAGGCCUGGAGUAUCCUGCAGUGGUGGAGUUUGCUCCGUUCCAGAAGAUUGCCAAAAAGAAGUUGAAGAAAAAAGAUGCUAAGACCGGCAGCAUUGAAGAUGAUCCAGACUAUAAGCAGUUUCUGGAAUCCUACAGUUUGGAGGAAGAAAAAACCAGCACUAGUCCUGAGAUACUUUUGGGAGAGAUAGAAGCAAAGACAAGAGAACUUCUUGCCAGAAGAACCACACCUCUUUUGGAAUAUAUUAAAAAUAGGAAAUUAGAAAAGCAGAGAAUCCGAGAGGAAAAACGUGAAGAGCGGAGGAGGAGGGAGCUAGAAAAGAAGCGUUUACGGGAAGAAGAGAAAAGGAAAAGGAGAGAAGAGGAGAGAUGUAAAAGGAAAGAGGCGGAUAAACAAAAGAGAACUGAGAAAGAGGUCAAGAUUAAGCUUCUUAAGAAACUGGAAACGGGAGAAGAAUCAACCACAGAGAAACCCAAAGAAAGAGGUGAAGCCAUUGGCAUUGGAAAUGAAAAGCAGGAAGCCCGGCCAGUAGAGAACCUGCCAGAGAUGCCUGGGGAGAGGUUACAGAAUGGCAGUGACAAAGAGCAAAGGGACAAAAGAUUUCGAGACAAAGAGCCUGAAACUCCAAGAUGUCACCCAGAUGGUUGCAGAAAGCACAGCAUUCACUCCGAGCUUGCCAGGUUUUCCAGAAGGAGUGAAGAUGAAUCAAAGUGGGGGAAAGGCUUCACCCAGGAUAGAGGGAAAAAAGGGAGUCAGGAUGGGGCUGUCCUUGUGGACAUGGCAGAGAGAAUGAGCAAGGACCAGAAGGAGUAUGACAGCCUGGGACCAAGAAAGGAGCGCCUGGGAAACAAGGUUCUCUAGUCCACUAGGCCCAUCCUCUCUGUGGGUGUGUGCCAAGAAGGCAGUGUGCCUCUGCAGUCUCACAACUACUUUCCCCAACUAAUUCUUAUUAAAGUAGACAAAAAACAAUCUGCUAGGUGUGUAUAGGUCUAGGGUUGCACACUGCCUGUGUUAGUUCACAAGCCCACAUGGACUGAAUUUGAAAAUCCUCAUCUUGUAGAGUACACUGACCUUGGAACUAACUUCAGAAUAAAACAUACCAUCAUCUUUUUAAAGAA